AUGCCAACGCCUGAAGAGACUGGGCCUUCGUUGGAAGAGAGGAAGCUAGAAUACGUCCACCUAGCUAACGGUGCCCAACCACGAUCGCAGACGUCAAUCAACAAAUCCAUAUCCGCGUUCCUCGCAAAAAACCGCGCUCGGAACAACGCUUCGAACCGUUCCGAAUUUUUAUACACCCUCGCCGAGCAGAAGAAACGCAGGUUGCUUGAUGACCAAAACGCAGGGGAUGCGGCUCACAUAUCUUCUUGCGCACGCACAGACGCAAAGCCUGUCGAUCGUGAUUUGCAGAUGAAAUAUGAUAUUGCGAAAAAUGAGGGACCGUUGAGGAGGACGGUUAAAGCGGCCGUUGGUGAGGAGAGUUCUGCUGCUGAAGAGAGGAAGGAGGAGAAGAAGAAGAAUGCUGUCGUUAUUCCAGACCAAGAUCUGGAAGAUCCGGAACGCGCUACAGCUGCUCGGUAUCCAGCCAUCGACGAACGGCUCGAAAAUGUUGAGACUCACCUCGCUAUUCGCUAUGUACCAUCGCCACCCCGAACCCUGGUCGCCCGACUCAAGUUCCUCGAGGACCACAUCAUACAACUCGAAAAGGAGUACCCACCAUGGGCAGCACUCCACUUCAAUCAACCAAACAGAGGUUGGCCCCCACCGCCUCGAGCAACACCCAUCAUCGUUCCUCCACACCUACGGCCCAAAGAACUCCCGGAUCCUCCCCCUCCAACGACGACGGUGAACAUGGGCAACGUUGCUCCGAUACAAGGUCCUGCCGGUGGUGGUGCGGUGCCGAAGGCGAGGGGCAAACAGUCGAGUUUGCAACGUGCGGUUUUGGAAAAGCUGGAGAUUCAGCAGGCGAUGAGUGAUUUUGGGAAAGGGAAAGCGGACGCAUGCUACGAAGUGGUGCAACAGAGACUAUCAAAAUUCUUUUGA